UUCCUGUAACUCUUGCGAACACUACAAGUCUGACGCACACAUCGCGAAAAACUAACAGGAGAUUCAAGUUUCACCUCUUUCAUAGAUACAUUUCUUUGAAAGAUAUGAGUACUUUACUUACCCCACUAACGAAUUACACCCUCACCUGCUUCAUCACUUAUAAACGAAGCUAGCUGAAGAGCUCCCCUCGUGUUUCGCCAUCACAAGUCAUUCUUGAGCAUUCCUUCCGAGCAUUCUUGCACUCAAAACGCUUGCUCGAAGCUCCAGUCCUUCUUGGAAGAAAUAGCGCUCAUCAUGAACGGCUUAGGCAACCUCGUCCUCAAUUUCAAUCCGACCACGAACGGGUCCCCGCAGAACCAACAGAACAUCGACAGGUCGAUACCGCAGGAUCUUGAUCCUGUCUUAGAGGCACUAGAAGUCAUAUACAACGCGAAAGUCCCGAACUCCACGCGCCACGCAGCCACAGAAUAUCUCGAGAGAGCGAAGCGGCAUCCUGAUGCCCCAUACACAGGCUUCACACUUGCGUUGAAUAAGACACAAGCUCCAGCGUUACGCUACUAUGGACUUUCUAUGCUAGAGCACGCAAUCAAAUUCACAUGGGAAGAUUUUGAACAAGAGCAGGCACUACUCAUCAGACAAUAUGUGAUUCGGCUCGCACAACAGAUUGGGCCCGACGAUCCAGUAUACCUACGCAACAAAGUUGGUCAACUGUGGACAGAUAUCGCCAAGCGUGCCUGGGGAGCAGAAUGGUUAGACAUGGAUGCUAUGUUACUCGAGCUAUGGGGAGCUUCUUUGGCGCACCAAGCUAUAGUACUCUACGUACUUGAAACAUUGUCAGAAGAAGUGUUCAACAAAGAAGACCCAAUCGCGGGAUUACGUGGAAAUGAGCUUGGUCGCGCAUGCGUUGAAAUAUUCACACCGGCUACUGUUCUGCAUGAGCAGCUCCCGAAUCGCGAUACUUCAGAAACGAUAAGAGCUGGGGACGAAGGUUGGGUAGCUCGUCUAUGUGGUCUACUGGACCAAUGUCUUGCAAACGACUUCAGACAAGAUGAGCGAGUUCUGAGUUGUGCUGUCAAAACCCUCAAUGUGCUCAGGGCUGCUAUGCCUUGGAUAAUACCAAAAGCGAUCUCAUACACCAACACCGUAGACUACAUCUGCAAGGCGCUCGAUGCGUCCAGUGAGACGGCUCAGGCUCCGUGUGGGGAAAGUGUAUCCUUAUCAAAGGCUGCGAUUGAAGCCUUGUUUGCAAUAUACAACCGACCUCAUCUACAGGAUGCUUCUGACUUCACAGAUAUCGUCGGUCCCAUGUUUUCCCAUGAGCGUGGAUUGCUCCUGCACAAAGCUUACGAAGCUACCAAGCCGCAUAUGGAUCCAAAUGAUAUUGACGAAGCCCGGUACCUGACUUGUAAAAAACUUUCUGAGCUAGUGGCUCUUCUUGGAAAUUUUGUGGAGCAGAAAACCCGCCUAAUACCUGCAACACAUGAUCUUGCUUUACUUUUUUCUCUUUUCUACCAGCUGCUUAUUCAUUCGAGCUUGGUCGUUUCGAUACCAAUUCUUCAUAGUUUCACCAAGCUGCUAAGAUCCCCAUCCGUACGAGAGUGGGAGUUCGUCGCAAGGAUGAUUCCUGACCUGCUUAAUUUGUGUACCUCUCGUUUGAUACGUUACGAGAACCUACCAGACGAGUGCGAGGACGCAACUACUCUUUUCCUGAACGACGAUAUAGACACGAAGCCUGAAAAGCAUGCCUUUCUUGGUAAUUACCGGCGUUAUUGUGUGGACAUCAUCGAAACCAUCGUACGUAACUCUCCAGGUGAGGCAAUGUCGCACCUACUGGAUGCGGGAGAGAGUGUCUCAGCUCAUCUUUAUGACAACACCGGCCCAUUCCAAGUUCAAUCUUUUAGCAAAACGUCCCUGCCGUUUCUCCGAUUCGAUGCGCAAAUUGUUGCCAUUGAUGCCGGACUGAAAGGUUAUCUAAAGUGGCAAUCUGGGUCUGCAUUGACGCCAGAGCAGCAUGAAACUCUUCGAAACGAUUUGCAAGAUCGGUUCGAGACCUGGUGUAUGAAGAUGCUUAGUACAACGUUCGAGGAUCCUGAAAUUCUGCGAAAAGCUAUCGGCCUCAUGGUCACAUUUUCGACUAAAGCUCUUACCACAAAACCAAAUUUUGCACUGGGAUUGUUAAAAUACAUUCUAGAUGCUCCAAAGCAGGAGGACUCGGCAUUCCCGCAAUAUAACGAGUCAGUGAAGGAUCUUGAGCGAAGCAGUAGUAUGGAUGCACAAAGGCUUGCAGCUAUCUUUCCUAAUGACUUCAUGAAUGCAUACGAACAGAUAGAUCAGAAGCUCAACGAGCUGUCCGCAAAAAGUACUACGGACGAGCGUCAAAAGAAUGGCUACGCGGCGUUGCGUUUCAUAAUCAUCCAUCGCACCACGGUCCUAGACCGGAAUACUAUGCAAAUAGAACUGCAGAAGAUGCUUCAACCACUCAAGGAUACUUGGCAAAAUCCUCAUUUUACCGAAUCAUUGUCGACGUUCGAGUCGUUUUGCGAACUGGUUGGCUUUGGCCACCUCGGCGACUUCCUGGCUACGAAGAAGUUCCAUAUCGUACAAGACUGGACAGCACAAUUAUUGGACGACGAAGGUAUGCAGAUGCAAGCGGCCAUCCUCGAUCGUUCGCAAAAGCUGCCUUUUCGGAUCACUCGGACACUUCUCGGAGCCUCAACAGAUAGAUUGCAGGAAGAGGAAGCUGCAUACGAGAUCGCGAGAGAGCUCUGGGCUGACGCUAUGCCAGCGAUUCUCCCAAAUCUUUUACAGCUAAUCACUCAUGCACAAGGGUUCAACAAUAUGGAAAACUGGGCAAGUCUACCACAAGAACUACAAGCUGUGAUCAGGCGUGUCCUGACCGAUCGCUUCUGGCAAGCUGGUAUAUCGACCGAAAGCAGGGAUGACUUCUUCGCUCGCGUCAGUGGAUCAAAAACCACGUAUGAAGGAUUUGCAUCUACGGUACGAGGUACUGUUCGACAGAUUCGGGAGACGUGCUACUAUAUUAUCUACGCUCUGAGUCGAUUUGGAGAUACUUUCUAUGGUAUCUCUGACCUAUCACGUCCGUUGAGCCAGGCUCUCUUCGUCAAUGCGAACACGCUUUCUGCUCAUCACCUCUCAGUCCUCCUCAGUGCAGCCACACAUAUCAUCGAGGGUUGUCCAGUCCGCCUUCGUGCCCAAUUUCUUCCUGAAGUGGUGUCUGGGCUAUUUAGAGAGCUGAACAUGAAGGUCGAAUCAGAAUGGGCGCUUGUGACCGCGCAGGCGACGGGAGAAAUUGAGCAAGACAAUCUCGGAGACGAAAUGAAGACGGAAAGCAUACUGCGCCAGCUUACGCACUCCUCAGUGACGUUGGUCUCUGUUCUCCUAGACACGCAACGUAUCGAUGCGCCAAAACGUGACUCCCAGGGCACUAAAGAGCAGGCCAUGUGGGAGUUUAUACUUUCGGAAAAUAGUUGCUUGGAGCCCAUACUCAUAUUCGCUAAGACUGCGAUACGAGUACGCGAUUCGCGUUCUUGUGCCCUUAUGCUUCGUAUAAUCCGCUAUGUACUCCCACAUUUCAAGGACAAGUCGGCGGUGAGGGUCUACAUAUGUACGGAAGUUCUACAGGCUGCCAUCAACUCACUUCACGAGCCGUACUUCGUCGACGUCCAGAAAGACCUCGCGAGUGUCAUUGCCCACAUUAUCCUCUUGGACAUCGAAACUACACGCCAGAUUCUCCUUCAGCUUCCUGGUAUGCAAGCUCGUGCAGACAAAGUAGAUCGCAAAAUUGAAGCACUGCAAAACAUCGCAAGUGAGCGUGGUCAGCGCAGCGUUGUUUUAGAUCUUCUGGCUAGUGUCCGAGGUGUCAGCAUCCAUGAAGCUGGCAAAAUGGAGCGCGCGAAGAGAAAAGAUCGGGUAAAUGAGCAAUAUACCAUGGUGGAAACACAGCAGACGGGAAUUAUCAGGGGCAAUAGUCCAAUAGGAGGUAUCUCGGAAAUGUUUGGGACUUGACGAAGUGAAUCCUGACGAACGGCAUCCAAGGGAAGACAUGUGGGAUUAGCGAAGGUGUAUAAGACACAAUUUCGGUUUCUUGGGCGACAUCACAUCAUCAAUUAUACCAGACACACUGCGAUGAGCAGAUGCGCGUAUAUCUAGUAUCUACUUAGGUCUAUUACAACAGUAUAAUAGAUUACUUGAUCUCGCA